AUGACUUCGCGCACCGCUCCAAGUUUCGACGAAAUUUCUCAAUGUAGGUUUGAUUAAAUUAUAAUGGAAUAAGUAGUAAAUUAGAUAUUGAUCGUCUGCGCGAAGAACGCCGUCUCACGGAAAGUUCGAUCCGUCGACUAGAAGCUGAUAAAGCUCAAAUCGACGACAAGAUUGACGAAUUAAAGCAAAAACGAGAUGGGGUUGAUGCAAGACUUCAAAAUGAAAAAGAACGAGCUGAAAGGCAAGAUCGCGGUUUGAGAGAGGUGAAUAUCUUUUGAACAAUGCCAAUAUAUACAAAACAAUUUUAAUUAUAGGCGGAAGCAACAUAUUCAAAACUAAUCGAAUCUCAAAAAUCGCUGGCCGAUUUUGUAAGAAAAGAAUAUCAGGACACAAAAAGAUCAUCAAAAUAA